UUAUAUUAGAAAUGAACCCCAACAAAUUGUGAUAAGUAGAUAACAGUUCUUUUCAUAAUAAAAUUUCUCUCUACCUUUCGUUUCUUCUUUGGCUUUGUUUUGUUGUUGAAUGGGGCGGAUAACGAUUCUUAGGGACUUCAUUGGGAUCAUCAAGGACAAAGCUUCUCAAAGCAAAGCAGCUUUGCUUUCCGAUCCCAAAACCCUAUCCCUCCACUUAGCCUUACUAAGAGCCACCACCCAUGACCCCUUCACUCCACCUGACCCAAGGCACUUGGCCACUUUACUUGCCUCCGGCCAUACCUCACGCGCCACCGUUUCCACUGCCAUCGAGAUCCUCAUGGACCGUCUUCAGACCACCCGUGAUGCAUCCGUUGCCAUCAAGUGUCUCAUCACUGUUCAUCACAUCAUUAAGCGUGGCAGCUUUAUUCUUCAAGAUCAGCUCUCUGUUUACCCUUUCAAUGGCGGCCGAAACUACCUUAAACUAUCCAAUUUCAGAGAUAACACGACGUUGUUAACUUGGGAACUUUCCUAUUGGGUUAGAUGGUAUGCUUUAUACCUUGAAAAUCUGUUGCAAACGUCAAGGGUUUUGGGAUUCUUUCUAAGUUCAGCUUCAAGCAGUGUAGAUAAAAAUGAAGAAGAAGAGGAGAAAGUAUCAUCUCUUAUAAAUAGCCAAUUGCUUAAAGAGAUAAACUCUUUGGGGAAUUUAAUCGAACAGAUUUCGAGAAUGCCCAAUUCUUUGCAUACAAAUGGCAACAUAUUGGUGGACGAGGUUCUAGGAAUGGUGGGUGAGGAUUAUUUGGCAUCAGCCAACGAGGUUUCCAUUCGAGUCAGUGAGUUUAGAGAGAGACUGAGUUGUUUGAGUGUUUUUGAGUCAGUUGAGUUGGGGUUUGCUUUGAAGAGACUGGAAGAUUGUAAAGAGAGAUUAUCAGCACUUGGACAAAUGAGGAAUGUGUUGGUUGAGACUGUUUGGGGUUCAAUAAGUGAAAUGAAGGAUCAAGUCGGGAACAAUGAAUUGUACGGAGGAGAAGGAAGGUUAAUGGUUAUGGAGAGCAGCAAGAACAAGGUUAGCGAGUCAUCUCGGUACGGGAGCGAGUUCUGAAGCUUGGUGACUCGGUUGACUUCUUUUCAGGAAGGUUUUCUAAGCUUCAAUAUUAAUUUUAUUUUUUUUACGGAUUUAGCUUAGUUGGAAUCUGAAAAAUUGCAAUAUCUAUUUCAAAAAAAAAAAAAAAUCGUUAAGAAUUUGUAAGUAUAAUUUUCUAUUUGAAUCUUGGUCAUUGGGUCAAUAAAUUACCUUUUGAUUUUAAAAUUAUAUAAUAACAUUAUUUAAA